AUGGCAUCGUUUGAUAUGUUGGCGCUCGAAUGUCGCUCAAUCAUAACCGCAGAAAAACACCCAAACGGCCUCCCAAACUACCUCACACCACACUCCUCCCGAGCCCUCCCCAACAACCGUCUCCAGAUCGCCUUUGGGAUCAAGAAUGCCUUUACGAGCGUCGAUGAAGUGCACGCGAAACGCUUUGUGAACCAUGCGAAGGAUCUCGUCAAUUUGUCAUCCACGGGCUGGAAUGGGCUAUCAGGUUCUCUUUGCGAUGCUGUCGGGACCUGGACGGAUGGUCAGAAACGGAUUAAAUUGGCGAAUAUGAUACAAGCACUCUCGUUGAGGGUGGUUCUGUCGGUUUUCUUUAGGAUUCGGCUCUCCGAUGCUGAUGAUGCGAAUGGACAUCUCGUGGAUCUUGCUGAGGUAAUUAAUCGUGCUUGGAUGGGGACGAAAAACACAGAUGUCAUACCUCGAUUUGAGGAUAAUAUCGAGCUGCAAGAAUGUCUUGCAACCAUCUUCCCGGACUCGAACUUCUCAGAUCCGGAAGAGAACCCGUUGAACCUUAUCUUGCCCGGUUUUGAGACGCUAUGGCGUGUUGUUUUCAUGUUGUUCCUUGAGAUCACCUUCAUCACUGGCCGGACGCAUCCCGAAUGGGCAGAUAUGCUUAUUAAAUUCGCAAACAACCCCCAAUUCACCACAACAGACACCAAGAACCACAUAUCCCCCCAAAACCUCAUCAACGAAGCCCUCCGCCUCUACCCACCCACCCGACGCAUCUACCGCUCUUUCCAAACAUCACACGACUCCCCUAUCGAGAUACUAGUAGCAGACAUUGAAGCCCACCACUCAUCCGUCGAAAUCUGGGGCUCCGACGCUAUGGCAUUUAAUCCGGGCCGAUGGACGGGACUGACAUUUCAGCAAAAACAGGCUUUUAUGCCGUUUGGGAGCACGCCGUUUGUUUGUCCGGCGAAGCCGACUUUUGGGCCGAGGAUUAUUGGGUUGCUUGUUGGGGCAUUGUUACGGGAGUUGAGAGAGAGUGGGGAGUGGAGGGUUGAGGGUGGUGUGGAUGUUGUCGGGUGUGGUGGGAGGUUGAGGAAUGAGAGGGGUGCUUAUGAUGAUAUGUAUCUGGUGAAGAUAUAGGAUGAUACUGGUGCUAGUCUAGCUGGGAUAAUGGGAAUAUCAUUUCAUCGAGCGUCUAUUAUUUAGCAACGGUUUACUCCUGGAGUUCUUUAUGAUGCUAUGGAUCGAUCCUACGCUAGAG